AUGCAGCUGUUUGUCUCCUACCCCGGAGGGGAUGGUCGCAUGGCGCUGGAAGUGGCGCAUGAGGCCACCGUUGGGGACCUGCGAGCCGUACUGGAGGCGCGCACCGGGAUCCCGGCACACGAGCAGUUGCUCAGCGCCUCGGGAAAGCCAUGCGGCAGCAAUGCGACCCACCUGUGGUCCCUCAACCUCCGCCACGGGUCGUCGAUGGACCUCCUCCUGAGCCUCGCCGGCGGAAAGGGCGGCUUCGGCGCCCUGCUGCGUGCCGGCGGCAAGGUCAACCACAACGACAUCGACAAGAGCGCCUGCCGGGACCUGCAGGGGCGGCGCGUUCGCCAAGUCGAGGCUGCAAAGGAGCUUGAGGCUUGGGAGGCAUCCAAGAAGGAGCGGGAGGAGCAGCUGCGCGUCGCGCGGGAGGAGCGCAAGCUGCAGAAGCGGCUCGAGAAGGAGCGCGAGGCGGACCAGGCCAAGGAGCGCAUGGCCAACUUGUUCGACGUCGUGGAGGGGAAGCCCCGCGCCGCAGUGGCCAAGGGCCUGCAGGCGGCGUCCGCGAUGGCCCAGGCAGAGGCACGCAAGCGCGCCGCGAAGCCUGCGCAGCAGAGACGCGCGCAGAAGCGCAUGCGCCUCAUCGGCCUGGACGACUCCGACGUCUCUGUCUCCAGCACGGACUCCGACAGCGACUCCGACGGCGGCGCGGGGCCCAGCGAGCCGCGCACGCCCAGCGGCAGCGCCCCCCUUGCACCCGCUCCUGCGCCUGCGUCGGGGGGGGGCUCCGAGCCUGACGCGGCGUCGCCGCAGGAAGAGCGGUCCGCCGACGCCGCUGGGGCCGGUGGCGACGCGGGGAGCGAUGACCCAGUGGACCUGAGUCAGUAUGACAGUGCGCAGGAGCUGGAGGGGUUGGGGCUGGAGCGGUUGAAGCGCGAACUGAGCAGCCGCGGGCUCAAGUGCGGCGGGACGCUGCAGCAGCGCGCGGAGCGGCUGUUCCUGCUCAAGGGGAGGAGUAUUGAGGAGGUGGACAAGAAGCACCGUGCUGGGAAGUGA